CGCUGGCGAGGAAGUUUGGGCCGGCGCGCGAGCCGUCGCCUGCCUGGCUGCGAUUGGCCCGGCGCGGAGGGGCGUUCACUCUCUUGACCAUUGCAGAGCUCCCAGCUGCUGACGUCGUGUUCCUGUCCCGCCGGCUGCUCAUUGGUCCAGAUCUGGUGGAAUCACCCCACCCCCUGCUGGCCGGGACCCCGCGGUGGCCGGCGGGGUUAGCCCGCCUUCCCCGCCGCGGAUUGGCCCGCCGCAGCACGCGUCGGUCGCGGUUGUGUCUGGGAAGGAGAGAAAAUGGCGGCGGAGCCGAGCAAGACCGAGAUCCAGACUCUUUUUAAGAGGCUUCGCGCAAUUCCAACCAACAAGGCCUGUUUCGACUGCGGCGCCAAGAGUCCGAGUUGGGCCAGCAUCACGUAUGGUGUUUUCUUGUGCAUUGACUGCUCUGGGGUGCAUCGCUCACUGGGCGUCCAUCUCAGCUUUAUCAGGUCCACAGAGUUGGAUUCCAACUGGAGCUGGUUGCAGCUGAGAUGUAUGCAGGUCGGCGGGAAUGCCAAUGCGACGGCCUUUUUCCGCCAACAUGGAUGCACAGCCAAUGAUGCCAACACUAAAUAUAAUAGCCGAGCUGCCCAGAUGUACCGGGAGAAGAUACGUCAGCUGGGAAGUGCAGCCCUGGCUAGGCAUGGCACUGAUCUUUGGAUAGACAAUAUGAGCAGUGCUCCUAGUCACUCCCCAGAGAAGAAGGACUCUGAUUUCUUCACAGAACACACUCAGCCCCCUGCCUGGGAUGCGCCAGCCACUGAGCCUUCAGGGAUCCAGCAGCCAGCCCCGUCUGCAGAGAGCAGUGGCCUGGCACAGCCAGAGCAUGGACCCAACACUGACCUGCUUGGCACCUCACCCAAAUCCUCUGUGGAACUGAAAAGCUCCAUCAUUGGCAAGAAGAAGCCAGUAGCAGCUAAGAAAGGGCUGGGUGCCAAAAAAGGCCUAGGGGCCCAGAAGGUGAGCAACCAGAGCUUCAGUGAGAUUGAGCGGCAGGCCCAGGUGGCAGAGAAGCUCCGUGAGCAGCAGGCAGCAGACGCCAAGAAGCAGGCUGAGGAGUCCAUGGUUGCUUCUAUGCGUCUGGCUUAUCAGGAACUCCAGAUUGAUCGCAAGAAGGAGGAGAAGAAGCUACAGAAUCUUGAAGGGAAGAAGCGCGAGCAGGCUGAGAGGCUGGGCAUGGGCUUGAUAUCCCGAAGCUCAGUCUCCCACUCGGUGCUGUCUGAGAUGCAGGUGAUUGAGCAGGAAACCCCAGUGAGUGCAAAAUCCUCCUGCUCACAGCUGGAUUUGUUUGACGAUGUUGGAACUUUUGCCUCUGGACCCCCAAAGUACAAGGACAACCCCUUUUCCUUGGGGGAAACUUUUGGAUCCCACUGGGAUACAGAUGCAGCCUGGGAUAUGGACAGAGUAGAGGAGAAGGAGCCAGAAGUGACCAUUUCAAGCAUCCGGCCUAUUUCAGAAAGAGCCACAAACCGGAGGGACGUGGAGAGCCGGAGCACGGGCCUUGAGUCCAGUGAAGCACGUCAGAAGUUUGCAGGAGCCAAAGCCAUCUCAUCUGACAUGUUCUUUGGGCGAGAGGUAGAUACUGAGUAUGAAGCCAGGUCUCGGCUACAGCAACUUUCCGGCAGCAGUGCCAUCAGCUCUUCAGACCUCUUUGGGGACAUAGAUGGAACUCAUGGAGGAGGAAGUGUAUCUCUAGGGAAUGUGCUCCCUACAGCUGACAUUGCCCAGUUUAAGCAGGGUGUCAAGUCUGUGGCUGGCAAGAUGGCUGUGCUGGCCAAUGGUGUGAUGAAUUCUUUGCAGGAUCGCUACGGUUCCUACUGAUCCAUGAUUCAGGCCUGUGGUGGUGACAGCAGCAAGAACCUCAUUAUUCCCAGGCCAGGGAUACCUGCCUGUGGAAGCUGGGGACUGUUACUUUUUCUGUGUGGUGUGUGAGUGGGGUGACCUUGGAGGAUCUUGGGCGAGGGAAAUGGUCAGCAUCAGCCCUUGUUCUUUGCCUAUGGAUUGAGCCCCUAGCCUCAUCCCCUUACACCCUCUACUCCAUGCUAGUGUCCUUCCAAUCCUGCCCCAAAGCUGCUGCUCACUUGACCUGCUGUACUGGGAGUGAGGGGAGGGAUUCCUUUUGGGUGGCUUAUUCUGGGCCUAGCCCUUCCCUGAGCAGGGAAAGUACAAGGUUUUUGCAGGCUGAAGGAUCCUUGUAGGUGGUCUGGGAGCUUAGGCUUCCAUACUCUGGAGUUGCGGAGGCCUAACAAGAAUUCUGCUGUGGACCCCAGGCUGGUCUGGACUUGCCACUGCUUUCAUUGCUACCAGUGGCCUCUUCUGGGUGCCAGGAGAGGACAGAGGGAGGGGAAGGACCUUUGGGCCUUAUUAAGGGCUAGAAACAUUACCUGGCCCGUUUCAUUUUGGAUCGGCCUGGAGGCCUGAGUGAUCUCUUGUCUUACCAUCAUCAUUUGGAGCUGACUUCUGCUAGGGGUCUCAGAGCUCCUCCCUACUGUAACUGUGGGCCAUGACACCCUUUGUCCGUGCCUGAGACUUUCCCUUCUUUCCCUGGUUGGUGCCCAUGGUGGGUCUCAUUUGCCCUGUGUCCUGACUGGAUGCUGUGAGCAUGCUCCUGGCCGGGGAAAAAGAGGCCAUGAGAGACAGGCCUCAGCAGGCUUCUGGGACUCAGCUUUCUUCUGCAUCAUCCUGGGCUGAGAGUUCCCUGAACAACACCACACCAAUGAGGGGCCUACAGCAGGCCUCACCCUUCGGCAGCUGGGCCAUGCACUGUGUCAUCCUUGGUGCCAUCUUCCCCUGCCUUGUGGCAGUCUCGGCCCUACCUGCUGGUCGUAGGUUGGGCUCCAAACAACACAGACCACUCUUCUCCCAUCCCUUCCCCAGAGGGACAUGACUUUCUUUCAGGACUGUUUGUAUUGAAACAAAAUAAAGCCCCCACGGGGCCCUGUAGGUCAGUGUCCUCUCCAUCCUGCCUCCCUGCCCAUUGCGGCCCCUUGCUCACUCUCUGGGUUCCCACCGAUACUGGUUGGGCGUUGGUGCUGAGGGCACUCUCUCCAGGGCCUCCAGCUUGUCUCUUCUCUGAAAGGCAAAGGCCCCUGGCUCCUCGCCCCUGUGCUGCUGUGCAGUCCGGUGCAGCCUCGACCUCACCACCCUGUUGCACGCGGAGGAAAGAGCUGGUGUUAGUUGGCCCUUUAGUUCAUCUGCAGAGCCUUAUGACUUGAGGGUGUGUGAGUGCCCUUGGCAACCCUAUACCUCCCCUCAACAGGAGGUAGGGCUGGGGACAGGUUACUCAUUGGAGUUAUAAAAAUAUAAAUAUUCAGAUUUGAGUGGGACCCUUUUAAGUCCUGGAAGAGUGAACAUGUUUGUGUAUACCCUGGCUUUGUUAUCUCUUUCCUUAUAGGAACCCCCUUAUAGAGUAUGGUUAUAAACUGCUGAUAUGGGAAGUAGAGUGUUAGAAAGGACAGAGAGGGAGCAGGAGCCAUGGGGCUCUAAGCCAGGGAUUUCCAGUAUGUAUUGGAGGCUCUAGCUUUGGAAUCAUCUGGAGUGUUCAUAAGAAAUAAAGGCUUUGAACUCCAUCCUAAGCUGGUGGGAUGGGACUCAAGUUCUGUAAUUUGCACAGCAGAAUUAGAGAAACCUCCAAGGCUGGCAGAGGGAGCUGCUUUAGAAUGGGCUUCCCAGGCCUAGCCUGGGCAUUGCAAGGGUUUGGAAACCAGUUCUUGUACUUACCCAAUGGCUGGUCUGGGCAGGGAGGAGCCCAGAAAAUAUGCCCAGUAAUGAUGACACUGACUUAGGAGGCUGCUUGCUUUGCCUGGAUAGGUUUUACUUUCUGGAGGAUAACCCUCCCUUCAAGGAAAUUGAAGACUACCUGCCUUGCUUUCCCCAGUUUUAGGAAGCUUGUACACCUCAAUUUUGUUUUGCUUAUAGCUGUAUCCCUACUCCCUGAAUCCCCUGUAGGUGCUUGGCAAAUGCCUAAUGAAACGUUUGUCUAGAAGGCUGUGCAGUGCUAGCCUUUUGUGGUCAGGAUCUUGGAAGAUAGGGAACCUGGCAUUGAACCCUCAAGGUGUUUCUUAAAGGCCAUUCCAGUUGUGCACAUCUCUCCUUUGAGCAGCUGCUCUCACUUGGGAGGCCAGUGCCUCUGUCAGCUGAGGCAAGUCUCCAAGCUAGAGAGGCCCACCUCCUCCCAUUGUGCCAGAAAACCACACAAACCCGAACUCUCCUGAUGGCUUUAGACUCACCACUUACCAGACACAAGGGACUUUAUUCAUUUCACAGAUUUAACUGCUAGACACAAAGGAGACUUGAAGCAGAUUUUGAAAGUGAGCUUCUUGCUCACCCUCCUCCCUUCCUCCUAGUGGAUGACAUCACCAGAAGGCCACAGUGGUAUGUCUUUCCAGUACUUGCUCUCAGGUGUCAACCUUGACCAUGCCAGGCCCUGCAUUGCUAUUGAUCCCCCUUUCUGGAGCUACUGUGAGAUGACCCUUUAAAGGGGACUAGCAGAGGUUAGCUGAGAAGAAACUGUUCUUAAGAGGUUAAGGAGGACUGCCAAUAAAAGGCUGAGGUCAAGUCCCUUUCCCAGUGAUGAGGUGGCUUGUCAGCCUAGGGCUUGACAAGCCCAAACAAGGGCUGACAGGGUCAGAGCUGGCUAUGAAAUAUCUAGGGUCACUGCUUGGUUUGGCUUGGCUGAUCACAGGUCUCUGGAUGUGGCUGCUAUUCAGCCAUUUCAUCAGCAGAGGGCAGCACAGCAAGGCGCUGGAGGAGGUUGGGUUGGGGUGCUGCAGGCUGGGCAGGAGCAAGGUGCAGGGUAUAAAGAGGGCCCUUCAGACUUCUCAAGUCUCAGAUUCGUCUGUCUCUUCAGUGGAGCCAUCACUCUCUGCAUCCACUUUGCGGGAGUGAUGGAGAGAUUUCCAGGGGGAGCCAACCCGGGGAGGGGUCCGGGAAGGGAGGCAGCUGGCCUCUGGAAUGGUAGUGACCGAGCUGAUAAGGCCUGGGACCUGGACCAGCCUGAAGGAGGGAAGAAGCCCGGAGGGCAGUGAGCUGCCUCCUGUUCAGAGACUAGGACCUCCACGCUCACCUCUGUACUGGAACAAAAACUCCCAGGGCUUGGGAUACCUUGACCCUCUGGUGGCCCCCAAUCACCUCCCUGACCAGUGUGGUGUGUGUGUAGGCGGGGGGGUGUGUUACAGACAACCCACAAUGUGACCUACAAUUGGGCACAGCCAUGUCUGUCUGAGGUCUGCCUCCCACAAGGGGGCAGCAUCUCCUCACUUGACACUUACAGCCGUUCUAGCUCCUCGUCCAUGGCUGGGUCAUGCAUCAGGUCCCCUUUGUCAGGCAAAGCUCCUAGGAGAUAAUGGGGUGGGGAGCAGAAAACUGAACCUGAGGGUCCUUCAAGUAGCAGAUAGCAGAUACCUCUGUUCCCCUCACCUUCAUGUCUGCCUACUCUGCUGACCCUGGGGAGGCUGAUCUAAAUGAUCUGAGGACUGCUAGGAGCCAAAAACCCAUUGUGGGGUAGGAAGUCCUGGGUGCCUUCCCUUCUGUACUUGGGGCAAAAGUGACAGCUAAGAAGAUAUCCCCAAAGAGGUUGAUUCUGUUCUAAGAGGAAGUGUGGUUUCUGAGCUGGUGCUGGGGGUGGGGGUUAUUCUUGAGGUCCCAGGUACUGAGAAAUGAUCUAAUUUGGAGUUCCAAAGUCAGGGUGACUCUUGGAGACAGAUGGUUAAAAAAAAUGCUGCUUCUGGUCAGGAAGGAAGCUGUCCCAUCCUGAGGUCUCUUACUCAAACCUCUGAGAAGCUUCUUUCCCUACAAAGGGAGAGGUUAAAUCCUGGUAGGGAAAGGUGAGGGAAGAAUGCGUGGCAAGGGGAAGGUGAAGUUUUCUGGAAGUAGAGUGGUUUGGUCAGUUAAUGAUGCUGGGCUUCAGAAAGACUCAGUCUUAAAUUUACCCAUCUGGUACAAGUUCAGUUUUUGACUCUUGCAAAUCUUUUUCCGAUGAUGCUUCUUGGCUUCCUUUGCUCUAAGUGGGUGUACUUACUGUCCCAGGGAGCACUAUCAUUCUUUUGGAGGGGGCCUUGGGGAGGGAACAGGGCUACCUAGUCCUGUCCACAGUUGGCUUCCUUCAAUCAGGGUUAUUUCCAGAUUUUUAUUUCACACCAUAUGCUUCUUUGUUCUUUCUAUCUUCCACUCCUGCCAGCAUUAGUGCUCACUCAGUAAAAGUUGCCUGAGAAGUUCCUCCCCCAUGCUGUGGAUUAAAUUGAGGGUUGUUUUUAAAGGCCCCUGGAACAAGUGAGGAGCUGAGGUUGAUCCAGGCUAUGAUCCAGUUGCUAGUUAGCUUUUCCUUCAUAGCAACUGUCAUUGGCAGGAAGGAAGGGCCGUCAAUUCCCUAGGACUAUGAGAGGACUCCCAGCUCAACUCCCCCUCACUCUUGAUGUUUGACUCCCUACACUUGCCUUCUCUGUAGCCUUAGAACAGCCAGCAGCCUUGGCUACCAACCUCAUUUAGUUGAGGGGCCCCUGUCUUAAAAUAAGCAGGCUGACAGGUGGCAUGCAUGCCCAGGUCAGCACAGGUUUAGCGCCCUUGUGUCUCCCCGAGAAUGUGGGCAGGGGAUGUGGUUGGGUUUGAUUAAACAUAAAGUCUCCAGCACAGCACCUGACCCCUGGUGGUAGGCAUUUAGUGAAUGUUAACUUUCCUUCCCUUGACCUCAUUCCUUUGACAUGGUGGUGGUGGGGGGUGUUGCCUGUUUGGUCUCAGGAACCUGAAUCCCAGCACACAAGGAGGAUCUCUUGAGGAAAGAAACAGUAACCACAUGAAACUCUAGGGAGGGGUGGGGUGGGGGUGGUGUCUUGCUCUUCCCCUGGGAAAACAGUGGCUGAGUACAGAGGAAGAGGCCAACCAGGGAGAAUAAAAUGACAGGCAAGAAAACUGGGCCAGUGC